GUGCAGGAAGCAAGCAUGUGCAACACGGUGGGAGUUUCUCCUCAUUGUCAACGGAGCUGCCAAAAGGACAGGUUGUGUUUGCUCUUUGGUCUGGUCUUCGCUCGCGGAAUACAGUGAAAGACACCUUAUUAUUUUUCUCGUUAAAUCUAUCAUUCUUACGACUGUCAGUUUGAAUGCUCAGUGAUAAACAAUAAUGUCUUCUCGAACUGUUUUUCCUCAUUUUGCGGCAGGAAUUGUGGUGAAAGGAUUUGGAAGAGGAUCUAAAGAAUUAGGAAUCCCGACUGCCAAUUUUCCUGAUGAGGUUGUGGCCAACCUGCCUAGCAGUAUGGGUACGGGCAUAUAUUAUGGCCUGGCUAAAGUGAUGGAUGGUCCAACUUACGGCAUGGUUAUGAGUGUUGGCUGGAACCCUUAUUACAAGAACACAAAGAAAAGCAUGACGGUGGAGACUCACAUUCUGCACGUCUUUGACGAGGAUUUCUACGGGUCGUGGCUGCGGGUUGUGGUGCUGGGUUACAUCAGACCAGAGCUCAAUUUCGAGUCGCUCGAUCUCUUGAUUUCAGCCAUCAAGAAUGACAUCAGCACAGCUGAAAGGAAGCUCGCUCAAGGCUGCUUUGACAAGUAUUCGGAUCAUCCUUUCCUGACCUGCCCUGUGGACACCAUCGUCAAGAAUCCUGCUAUCAUCGCCAGUCAUAACGUCGUCGUCAUCGCCACUCCCACCGCCUCCACAGCUAUUCAAAAGGAAGCCUCCGACAUUACCUCCGCCGGCGAUGCUCUCGACUCCUCAUGUGAGGUUGAGAAGACUACGACAAGCGACAGUUCAUCUGUCAACGGCCACUUAACCAACGGACAUAGCAGUUAGAAAACAAAUUGGGGUGGAGUAAAAGUAUGGGAUAAUAUAAUCCACCAUUGAGCGCAAUGAAAACAGGCAGCAGUUUACUUAUUUCCGGGAUGAUCUGACAUGCUCACAAAUAGCUAAUUUCUUCGCGUAGUUUACGGGUUUAUUGGGUCUUGCAAUCCUCGAACGCGUUUAUCCCUUAGGCCUUUUGAUCAUGAUGUACCUUUCAAUCGAAGUAAUUUACAAUUCAAUAAUUUCCUUGUCUGUAUCAAAGGCAAAUAGAUUUUUGGUUGGUUAUGGUUGAAACAUCGUGCCGCCAGCCUAACGUGCCUGCAAUACGUGACGAUCGGACACAACAGGAAAUCGUAGCGUGUGUGAAGUAAUUUGAUUUUUACUGAAGUUUUCUUGUAGUCUUGAUAUUUCAACAAAUCGCUGUUCGUAAACUUUUGUGUCAUGUGCAAUGCCUAGGUAUUAAAUUUAGCAGGGUUAGCUUGGAGUUUUGAUAUUGCAGUGCAUCCCUUGUUAUUAGCGCUCGUAUCAUGUGCAAUUUUUCUUUAUUAGUUAUUAUUAUUAUUAGUUUCUGGGGUUUCUUUAUCGUAUCGAAAUGCAGUCCAUCGCUAGUGAUUAACUCUUGCUUCAUGGGAAAUAUUUAGGUAUUAAGGUUAUCUCGUUGCAUUUUCAUUUCCAAGGCUUCUAAUUUAACGUAUUAUUACUAAGCCGUUUCUCUCAUAUGUUCUAGACUUGUGGGUUGACGAAUAUAAAGUUUCACGGAGCUUUAAACUUAGUUUUGGUGUACAUAACUUUAGUUGAGUCUGUACGGUGCUGUACAUUGAGGUGGGCUGCGCUCUCUUCCAUACUCUGUAACUUUGUGGCAAAUGGUAGAAUAAUAAUAAUACAAAAAUAUUUAGGCAAUAAAGUAGCUCACUAGAGGUCGUUUCCCAUUUGUUUCAUGAUCCAAUCAUUUUUAAUGCAACCUUCAUUGAAUAACUAAAUUACGGCUAAUUAUGAGAGAUUAUGGUGAUUUAAUGAUUUUUUUUUGAGAAAGAAGGAUUUUUACGUUGAGCUGCAGGACUUCUGGAAGACUGUUACCUGGAGGUUGACUUAUGGAGAGAAAUAUGGAGGAAUCUUUUGCUUCUGAGAGGGUUCUUUGUAUGCGAACUCCCCGAAGCAAUACUAUUGAUUGACACAUCGUUGUCGUAGUACCGAUCAUGGUUGUAGGCUUCAUGGUAUCUGAGCAACUUUAUCUCCAUUCCUGUCCACUUCUCCAUUCUUCGUUUGUUUUCUCAGGCCCUUGCGCGUUUUUUUCUCUUCCCGGCAGAUUCAAGACGCUGGCGAUAUGCUCUGAGAAAACAUUUUUUUAAGCUGUAGACAAACGGGAUGCUGUAGCCACGAGACACAGUGAUCCAUGACCCACUUCAUGUUCCUGAAUGUACGGGUUAUGGUUUCCAAUGUAAAAAAUUUAUAUAUAAACCUUCACGCAUUAUGAGUCUUAUAUAUUUUGAUGGUGGCUAAUGUGCUUCAAAAAGUAUCAGUGUAUCACCUGUUAGUUUAUGUGUCUUUCUCACAUUUGAGUCAAGUGCCUUGCAUGAGUUAGAGACAUUGGCGAUAAUUAACAAGCUGCACUGCAUGUAGCCAGGGUUUGCGCUCUGUUCCCAACCCUUCUUUCUCCGUGGAUUUAUCUUGUUAAAAUAUCUUCAGUUAACAUUGUCCCAGAUUAUACUUAGUUCAAGCAAAGAUCAAGAAAUCAAUUGUCGCUUUCUCUGUUAUUUUCAGCGUUGAAAAUAAUGUAUUUAUAUAUAUUGUGGGCAAUCCUGUGUUGCUAGUGAAAUUAUUUUGUGUAACCGUACGACGUCAUGACCGAAAUGUGAUCCAUGCCUCUGAUCGUUUCACGUGUUUGUAAAAGAUUUCUUACAGUCAGUACCGAAAAAUUUAUACAGUACCAUUGAAAUAACUCGGGUAAAUUUUUAGAAGUUCUCUGUAAUUUUUUCGAACUCUGUCAGUUGAGAUUUCGGGUCGAAUGUCAACAUUUAUUCAGAGUAUUUGACUCAAAACUCGCUCGAUCGGAAAAUUGUGAUUCUGUUUGCCAGCAACUACGGAAUUUGUUCUCGAGAAACUGCCUCGGGGGAUGCACUAAUGCUAAAUCUUGUCUUUCCAAAUUGACAUGAUUAGUAGAAACCUCAGAAGCAUGAUGUAUUGAAAAGAUAGAUGGAAGACGACAAGCUCUUUUUACUUAACUUCGCAGCCCAUAGCUACCUUGAUGAACCUGCUUCAACCGCGAUCUAAUUUAGUAGUUGAUUUUCUGUAUAUUUCGAUUUGAUAUGUUGAAUGUAAUUAUAUUUUAUUAAAUAUUUAGGCUUGGUAA